AUGCUAAUAGGCCUGUUCUACAAUAAAAUAUUCCGGCAGAGACUGGAGUAUCUUUUGGAGCAGAUUUCGGAGGUGUGGUUAUUACCACAUUGGCUUGAUUUGGCAAACGUUGAAGUUCUCGCUGCAGAUAACACGAGAGUACCACUGUACAUGCUGAUGGUAGCGGUUCACAAAGAGCUAGGUAGCGAUGAUGUUCCAGACGGUAAGAUUGAUAUAUUAUUAUGUAGAGAUUCCAGCAGAGAAGUUGGAGAGUGA